AUGCCAUUCCCCUAUGCCCUGCCCACAACAAGCUCCGUCCAGCUCUCCGACUUCUUCUCCAGUCUCACUCACCCCUCCCUCCCCCUCACAGCCACAAUCAAACGCAGCGUCGUCAAAGAUGCCCUCAAAAAGUACAAACGCCUCGCCGGCGCGUCUCGCGAAAGCCAGCUGUCUCUCAUCCGCGACGCACUAACAGCGUACAUCCCGUACCUCCUCGCGCUCAACACAGCCAGCAGUUUCCGGGAUGUCGGCGGGCAGCGCGUAGACGUGGAAGUCGUGAAGCCGCUGGAAGUGGAAUGGCGCACCACCCUCUCCGCCGCCGCUUUGCCCGGCCGCGAAGCCCCGCGCGUGAAAGUCAUCGGCUUGCAUCUCGAACUGGCGUUCGUCCUUUCCACUCUAGGCUACGUGCAAUGCCUCCUGGCGCGCGCACAGCUCAAAGCACUCUACAGCGCGACCGCCCCGUCGGCGGAGCAGCGCAAAGUGGCCGUCGGCACGGCGAUGAAGCAAUUGCUCGAAGCGCACGGGAUCUGGAAGUUCCUACUAUCGCUGCCUUCCAUUUCCGCCGCCAAACACGCUCCGGUCGAUAUCCAGCCGUCCACAGUUUCCGCGCUCGCGGCGCUCGCUCUGGCCGAGGCGAAUCUAAUUGCCUUCUACCACGAUGAUCCCUACGCUGCAGCUGUGGCGGAUACAAGGGACGAACAGAAUACAGACUGGAUGUUCAAGUCGCCUACCAUUCCUAAAGUGCGGGCUCGCGUGUACGCGACGGUGUGUUUUGGCGCGGCGGACCACGCGAGUCAGGCGUGCGGGUUGCUGAAGGGGGCUGGUGGCAAGUUGGACGAGAGUCUGAUCAAAUACGCUAAUGAUCUGCGUCGUACGGCGCGAGCGAAAGGUAUGCGCUUCUUGGGCGUCGACACGGAGCUCGCGGGGGAGAGCGGGAAGGCAAUUGCCUGGCUCCGCGGCGCGAAGAAGGAACUUGGUUUCUCUUCGGAGAUGGACGAGGGCAAACGAAAAGGACUCAAAGGGUUGAAGCAGAGCUGGCAGGAGCGAAGAGAAGACCGAAAGAUCGAAAAGGGCGGCGAAUGGGGAUUGGACGCGGGGAGGUACGAGGAAGCGCGAGUUGUAGAGAUGUUGGAAGCGAAGUGGGAAAAGGAAAACAGCACGGUGAAUGUGCAGGCUGUGCCGCCUAUCGAGCCGCUGCUGGCGGACAUCCCGUCUGGUCGGGAGUACCAUUCCCAGCCGCCUGUGUGGCAACCGGAGACGUUGGAUGCGGAGGCUGUAGCGUCACUCGAAGCGCCGCCCGACCCGAACCAGCAAGGCUUUCGUGGAGCGGAAGAUGACAGUGGGGACGAAGCGGUGUAUGGACAAGGCGCACCGGUUGGUGCAUUCCCCGGAACGGCCGCGCAGUACGGUCGGAGCGGAACGAGUAGCAGCUACUACUAG